GGAGCGCCGGGACACACCGGACCGGUCCGGGAUCAGCACCGAGCAGGAGCGCCAGGACAGACCGGAGCGGACCGGACCGGGAUCAGCACCGGGAUCAGCACCGGGAGCGCCGGGACAGACCGGACCGGAGCGGGAUCAGCACCGGGGCCAGCACAGGACUGAGCGGUACCGGGAUCCGCACCGAGCGCCCGGAUCCCUCCAAGCCCCGGCUCCGCUCCCGGUGAGCGCCAGGACACGAACCCCGGCAGGAAAACCGGGACAGAGCCCAGAGCCAAAGGAAAGGAGCCGAGAAACACCGGGAUGGGACCCGGCAGCACCGGGAUAAGAGCGGGAACAGCCGGGAGCGGAUCCGGGACCAGCGGGAGUAGAGCGGGAAGCACCGGGACCGCCGGGAUCCUCCUGCUCCUCCUGGGAACGGCGGCGGCGACACCGAGCGCAGCGCCCCCGCCGUGCCCCUCGGACCAGCUGCGCUGCGGGGACGGCUCGUGCCUGUCGCGAUCCUUCGCCUGCGACGGGGAGCGCGACUGUCCCGACGGGGGGGACGAGCUGGGCUGCGCCCCCCCGCCCUCGCCGCCGCCCUGCGCCCCCUCCUCCUUCCGCUGUCGCGACGGGAGCUGCGUCCCGCGGCUCUGGAGCUGCGACGGCGAUCCCGACUGUCGCGACGGGGAGGACGAGGAGCCGGAGCUGUGCGGGACCCCCCGGCCCCCCCGCGCCUGCCCCCCCCUGCAGUUCCCCUGCGGCUCCGGGGAGUGCGUGCACAGGCGCUGGCGCUGCGACGGGACCCCCGACUGUCGCGACAGCUCCGACGAGGAGGGGUGUGCCCCGUCGUGUCCCCCCCCGCACCGGUUCCGCUGCCGCUCGGGCGAGUGUAUCGCGAUAGGGCAGGUCUGCGAUGGGCGGCGCCACUGUCGCGACUGGUCGGAUGAGCCGCUCAAGGAGUGCGGGGUGAACGAGUGCCUGCUGGGGGGCGGGGGCUGCUCCCACGGCUGCCGGGACCUGCGGGUGGGCUUCGAGUGUCUGUGUCCCCCCGGCUUCAGCCUGGACCGCGACAACCGGACGUGUCACAGCCCCCCCGGGACCCUCCUGGUGAGCACCCGGCACCAGGUGCUGGCGCUGGGGGGCCCCGAACCCCAAAUCCUGCAGGGGCCCCUCAAGCACGCGGCUGCGCUGGACGUCGGCGUCGAGGGGGGCUCCCUGUUCUGGGGGGACCCCAGCGAGGGGCUCAUCUACAGGUGA